UGUGUGUGUGUGGUCUCUGGCUUCACCGUCGACCGGAAGUGUGAAGCUGUCAGAGAUGGAGUCGCUAGGCAGCGAAUGAGCCGAGGGAAAGUUCGGCGGUGUUCGUUGUGAACGGUGUCUGAGUGUUUUCUGGUUCAGGCGGAGGAAAGAAGGACAUGCAGUGAUGAAGCGAGGCCGGACAGAGCAGAUCCAGUACGCGGUGACGCAGUACCUGAAGAGGCGGCAGUAUGUGGACACUGAGGGCUCGCUGAAAGGAGCCAAGCUGUCUCAGUCUGCAGAGGAAAUGGCAGCCAGUCUCACAGUCCAGACAGAGUCUAGCUGCGCAAACGUGGUUUCUGCAGCUCCGUGCCAGUCAGACCCUCAGCAGUAUGACGCUCAGUUCUCCAGAUUACGAACCUUUCUGCUGGAGGCGGAGGUGCCGUGGGCAAGGGAAGUGAGUGUGGUGCUGUUUCCCCUCUUCCUCUACCUGCACCUGGACAUGGCACGCUGUGGCCUGAAGGGGGCAGUAGAUGCGUUUUACGGUCGCUUCCACUCCCUCUUCCAGCAGGACGCUGAGCAGAAAGCCAUUGUGGAGCAGCUUCGUGGCAUACUAACACCACAGGAUGUGGCCUCCAAUUCCAAACUCUGUGCUCUGCUGGACCACAAGUAUGUGGUCCACCUGACAGACCAGGCCUACAGUUACCUCCUGCGAUACCUGCAGAGCGAUGACAACAGCGCCAUCUGCAGGGUGCUCAGCACACACCUACAGGUGGAGGUGACGGCUGUGCGUCGGACCGACUACCAGCUCUACGGGGCGGGGCUUAACAUGGGAAACUCCACCUCCACUUCCUCUUCCUCCAGCACCUGGGCGGGUGUGGAUGGGGCGGAGGGAGCAGAGCCUGUGGAAGUGACAGCGGGGUUACCUCAGAAUGAGGCUGCUCUGGAGGCUCUUCAGGACUGCAUUAAGCGUGUGCGGGAGGGUCCUCCCUCCUUAACGACCGUGUGUUUCUAUGCCUUUCAGCACACCGAUCAGCUCCUCAACACGGCCGAGGUGUCACCCGACAGCCGGCUACUCGCUGCGGGCUUCGAUAACUCUGCUGUUAAACUGUGGAGUCUGCGGGCCAGAAAGCUGAAAGCAGGCCCUCACAGGGCGGACGUGGCCAAGAUACGGCUCGCCUGUGAUGUUCUGGAGGAAGAGGCGGAUGAGGAGGACUCGUCAGGCAGUGAGAUAAAGACCCUCCGUGCGCAUUGUGGCCCCGUGUACCGCACAGCCUUUCUGACCGACAGCUCUGGUCUGCUGUCCUGCUCUGAAGACUCAACAGUGCGUUACUGGGACCUGAGCAGCUUCACUAAUGCGGCGCUGUACCGUGGCCACGCCUACCCUGUGUGGGACGUAGACGUGAGCCCCUGCAGCCUGUACUUCUGCACCGCAUCGCAGGACCGCACAGCGCGUCUCUGGACCUUCCAGCGCACCUAUCCACUGCGUGUUUAUGCAGGACACCUGGCCGAUGUUGACUGUGUUAAAUUUCACCCAAAUUCUAAUUAUGUUGCUACAGGUUCCACAGACAAAACUGUGCGACUGUGGAGCACACAGCAAGGCAAUUCUGUCAGGUUAUUCACGGGACAUCGAGGCCCUGUUUUGGCCCUGGCAUUUUCACCAAAUGGCAAGUACCUGGCCUCAGCCGGUGAGGACCAAAGGGUCAAACUGUGGGACCUGGCGUCUGGCACACUAUUUAAAGACCUGCGGGGUCACACAGACAAUGUAAUGAGCCUUUCAUUUAGCCCAGACAGUGCCCUGGUGGCCUCCGCCGCCCUGGAUAACUCUGUUAGAGUCUGGGACAUCCGUAACACUCAUGGUGGAGCAGCGGCUGCAGCGGACGGAUCCAGCGGAGAAUUGGUGGGACUGUACACGGGCGAAACCAGUGGAGUCCUGAACGUCCAGUUCAUGGCAUGCAACCUGCUGCUGGUGACCGGGACAGCACUGGAGAAACAAGAGCAAUGACCAGGGACAUUGUGCUCGUGUCCCAAGUAAUGCUGGUGAGUCAGA